AUGCGCCUCCUCCCCCAUAGCGUUGUGGUCUGCACAUCCAACCAGCCCGGCGACGGCCCGCGUGCCAUGACAAUGUCGUCUUUCACAUCAUUAACACUUACACCAACACCUCUGGUCACCUUCAACAUUGCGACGCCGAGCAGAACGCUGGAUGCUAUAAGAGCGAGUGGGGGUUUCAACGUGCACGUCCUUAACGGCGAUGAGCAGGGGGCAAAUGUUGCGAGUCACUUUACGAAAGGCAAUGUAGGCGACAGCAUAUUCAAGGGGUUAGAUUAUAGCCAGGAUGGCGACGAAGCGCCCUUAUUGAAAGAGGAUGGUGUCAUGUUUGCACUGCGGUGUAGAGUAUUGAGAGAUGCCCCUGAGGAGGGCCUCAUAAGAGUGAGGGACCAUGUUAUUGUGGUGGGAGAGGUGAUGGAAAUGGUCAGAGUCAGCGAAGAGGAGGACGAGGAGUUUGGGCUUGUGUAUGCGGAUAGAAGGUAUAGACAAGUUGGAGGGGCUUUGGAGGUUUGA